ACAAUGAAUAAACAAUGAAUACGAUUAAUUUUGAUUGUUUCUAAACAGACAGAAAGUGUCAAACCUGCACCAUCGUGAUUGGUGAUUAUUUUAUUUUUUGUGACAACAAUUUUAAAGAAAGCGGAAUAAGUUUACUCCUUAGAUCUCAAAAAAUAAUUGCUACUUGUUAUUUUUUGACAUCAUAAUGGAAUCCCCCGCAGCAAAACCUAAAAAGAAGCCAACCAAGAUCGAUGAAAUGACUAAGGAAGAAGUUCGACAAGCGAUCCUUAAAAAACGUGAAUGUAACGCAAAAGCCCAAACUAUCGUGGAAAAUUUGUUAGAAACCAAUAUUUCUGAAACGUACUUAAUGGAAUGCCUGCCCGACAUCAACCAGAGCCACUUCGAGGACAUCAUAGAAGAGAGAUCCAUCCUACACGUCUGUGGUUACCCUUUGUGUGACAAGCCUAUCUCUGAGAAAGAUAUUCCUAAGCAAAAGUACCGAAUAUCGGUAAAAACGAACAAAGUUUAUGAUAUAACUGGCAGGAAGAGCUUCUGCAGUAACCACUGCUAUAAUUCAGCAAUGCAUGUGAAAAAACAGAUGUUGACAAGUCCGUUGUGGUUUAGAGAGUAUGAGGUUAUACCAAAGUUCUGUUUGCUACCCUUGGACUCGGUAGGAAGCAUGGGGCAGGAGAUAGAUGUGUCCAUCAUAGAAAAAGUUAAGACUGUGGAGCGGCCAGCCUUCACAUCUAUCAAUGACUUUGCAAAGGCCAGUUUGCAGGAAAUUGGAGGCAAUCAAGGUAAGGAUAAUGAUGAACCUGAAAAGAAACAAUUAGAGACCGAAACUGAAGUGAAAAAUAGCAUUGAAAACACUAACAAUGUAAAUGAAAAAUCAGGCUCAAGUACAACAGAACCUGUGCAAGAAAUAACAAAAAGACCUGGAGUUGUGAAAUCAAAGCCUACUCCAAAUCCUUUAAGUAUUGUAGGAGAAAUCGUAGAGAGGCCCGAGCGGAAAAUAGACCCCAUUCUCACAAACAAACCCCCAGAACUGAAAACUCAAGUGUCACAGACUAAGAAGGUGCAUCAGAAGAAGCAGCCAGCCAUUAGUGCCAUUACAAUUGAAGUAGAAAAAUGCUUGGCCGAAUGGUUCACCAUAGACACCAUGAUGUUCUUAUUAGGAGAGGAAAAAGUAAGAGAACUUGUCACAGAUAAAGGUGAAUGCAUCAAGGAAUACAUGAGUAACUAUGCCCAGAGCAUAUUCUAUAACUCAAACAACUAUGAUCAAUAUCAAGCUUUAUGUCGAAAGUUGAAUAUGCUCGAGCUUCAAGACAAAAAGAUUGACGCUAAAGCAAAGAGGGAGUUAAAACCGUUGCCUGACUACUCAAUACUGCAGGAAGAGAGCAAACGAAUGCAAUUAAAAGUAAAAGCAUAUUUAGAAGGCACUAUGGAUAUUCCGGAACCAACAUCGACAGACCCCACAGAGACCAGUGAAGAUGCAAAGGUAACACAGUUACCGUUAGUUGAUAAAAACGCACAGAAUGCUUUACGUAGAAAGAUAGUAUGUCAGCAUUUAAAUAAAGUGCUACCAGACUUGUUACGGUCGCUAGGUUUAUCAACGUUUUCUGUAGCUGCCGAGUUGAAAAUACUUGUAAAUACUUUCAAGUUAAGUGCAAAUAACAUUAUGUUUAAGCCAAUACAAUGGACUCUAAUAGCAAUAAUAGUGUUGAAGCUGCUUUCGUUGCGGGACAAACGGUUGGAAUACAACUUGGAGCAGCACACAGCGUUCCAGCACCUGCAGCUGUUGCUGCUGAGUUACCAGCAGGACGGUGGCUAUGUGGACCGGCUCAUAUCUUGGCUGACUGACAUUGACAGGCUACUCGACAAUAAUGACACGCAAAUGACCGUGAACUGAAACUGUUUUUUCAGUACAGAUGGUGUUUCGCACUUUAGUGCGAGAAGUGGUUCAUUAUAUGUCAGGACGAAACUUCAGAGGGCCAUCUGUACUGAAAAACGUCGUACGAUACACGUGCAAAAAGGAAAUUCUUAACUCGUAUCGAUUUAAAACACUCCCUUCGGUCGUGUCUUAAUUUAUCGCCACUCGUUUUGGAACUUCCUUUUUUACGCACUUGUAUCGUAAUGUACUAUUAAACAUCUUAACUAGCGCCAUACUGUUGUAUGUGAUUAUAAAUAAAUUAUUUUGCAAAUAA